AUGCCUCUCCUUCCACCUAUCAAUUUCCCGCGCUGGCUCGACGAGAACCAGCACCUGCUCAAACCUCCUGUGAACAACUUCUGCCUAUACCGGCAGAAAGACUUUACUGUGAUGGCUGUGGGUGGUCCCAAUGAGAGAAAUGAUUAUCAUGUGAACGAGACCGAAGAAUGGUUCUAUCAGUACAAGGGUGGAAUGCUGCUUAAAGUGGUAGACGGGGUUGAGUUCAAGGAUAUCAGGAUCGAGGAGGGAGAGAUGUUUUUACUGCCAGCCAACACACCCCACAAUCCCGUCCGCUUCGCCGAUACAAUUGGAAUUGUUAUCGAAGCCGCUCGUCCGGAUGAAUCUCAUGACUCCCUGCAGUGGUAUUGUCGUGAUCCUUCCCAUACCAAGCCAACUAUUAUUCACAAAGAGACCUUCCACGUUACUGACCUUGGGACGCAACUGAAGCCUGUUAUCCAGCGCUGGAUGUCGACCGAAGAAUUGAGAAAGUGCAAGGAAUGCGGGAACGUUGCUCCUGCCAAGUAA